AUGGCCACAGGAGCACCAGGAGGUAAUUUCCGUACUUGGACCCCAACACCACCCGAAAGAGGAUCAUUCCCAUUAGAUCAUGAUGGUGAAUGUAAAGAAUAUAUGACGAAAUAUUUAACUUGUAUGAAAUUUACUGAGAAUAAAAAUGCUCCUAAUUGUCGAAUAUUAGCUAAACAAUAUUUAAAAUGUCGAAUGGAUAAUCAAUUAAUGGAAAAAUCUGAUUGGGAUUCUUUAGGAUUAGUUAAUUUACCUGGUGAAAAUGAUGUUGAAUUAGAUCAUCAUCAUCAUCUUAAUAACAAUAAUACUAAGGCAGAUGGUAAAAGUGGUAGUAGUAAUAGCAAUCAGAAUUUGGCUAAUACUACUAACAAUAAUACUGGGACAAGUUCCGGUACAAAGUAA